UCCUUGGCUCUCGCUUUUAUUGAGAAAUCGACCCUUCUGUUUUCCGGGAUCCUGGGAUGUAAGCUCCUCCAUGUGAGAAAAUCUUCGCCUUUCGCCUCGCCUCCCCCUCCUUUUGCAGAGCAGCUGCUCUUGCUUUUGCUCCCGGUGGACGUAAGAGAGAGAGAGAGAGAGAGAGGAGAGGGUGGGGAUUUCUUUCUUUCUUUUUCUCUCUCCCCCUCUCCCUUGUAAAUUCAAUGGAUAUGAACUUGCUGGCUUUGGAACCUUGCUGGUUUGGAAUAUCUUAGGUGGCGAGAUCGCCUUCUGGAGCGACGGAAGCAAGUUCGUUGGGAGAGAAGGAUUUGUCGAGGACCACGAUGCCUCUGGCUACCUUCUACUUCGUGUUGCCCUUAAUGGAAGUGCUCUUCUCGGCUGAAGUGAGUGGGCUGCUUGGAGGAGACCAUCUGGAUUGUGUGAAAGCCAGCGACCAGUGUCUCAGGGAGCAGAGCUGCAGCACUAAAUACAGGACACUGAGGCAGUGUGUAGCUGGCAAAGAGAGCAACUUCAGCCGGGCAGCAGGCCUGGAGGCAAAGGACGAGUGCAAAAGCGCCAUGGAGGCUCUCAAGCAGAAAUCCCUCUAUAAUUGCCGCUGCAAAAGAGGCAUGAAAAAGGAGAAAAACUGUCUGCGUAUUUACUGGAGCAUGUACCAAAGCUUACAGGGAAAUGAUUUGCUUGAAGAAUCACCUUACGAACCAGUGAACAGCAGGUUAACAGACAUAUUCAGGCUAGCACCAAUUGUAUCAGCGGAGCCUGUCAUUUCAAAAGGGAACAACUGUCUGGAUGCUGCAAAAGCCUGUAACCUGAAUGAUAUCUGCAAGAAAUAUCGAUCGGCGUACAUAACACCCUGUACCUACAGUGUGUCUAAUGAAAUCUGCAACAAGCGGAAGUGUCACAAGGCCCUAAGGCAGUUUUUUGACAAAGUUCCCCCCAAGCAUAGUUAUGGAAUGCUCUUCUGUUCCUGCCGAGAUAUUGCAUGUACAGAAAGAAGACGACAGACUAUUGUCCCUGCGUGUUCUUAUGAGGACAGGGAGAAACCAAACUGCCUGAAUUUGCAAGAGACUUGCAAGACGAAUUACAUCUGCAGAUCUCGUCUUGCAGACUUUUUCACAAACUGCCAGCCUGAGUCACGGUCUGUUAGUAACUGCCUGAAAGAAAACUAUGCUGACUGUCUCCUUGCUUACUCAGGGCUUAUUGGCACAGUUAUGACACCAAAUUAUUUAAAUUAUAAUAAUCUCAGCGUUGCACCUUGGUGUGAUUGCGGCAGCAGUGGCAAUGACAUAGAAGAAUGUCUGAAAUUUCUGAAUUUCUUCCAGGAUAAUUCAUGCCUUAAAAGUGCAAUUCAGGCUUUUGGCAAUGGUACAGAUGUGAAUGUGUGGCAACCGUUCCUACCUGGCCAAACCACCACAGCUUUAACUACAACAGCAUACAGAUCAAAGGCCUAUGACUCUGAGAAUGCUAACAAUGAAAUACCCACUAAUAAUGAUUUGCCAGCCUGUGCCAACAUCAAGGGACCAAAGCAGAGUUUCAAUGAAUCUAUAAUAACAGAGCCCUGUGUGACUGGGAAUGCAAUUGGGAAGGAAAGUGUGGCAGGAGGCUCCACCAGUCACAUAUCUUCUGAUCAUUCGUCUUCUCUUCGUGUAAGCGUCAGGUCAAGCACACUUCUUUUGCUGUUGGUGAUUGCACUCCCAUUCUGUUGGUGCCCACGUUCAGAAGAAACCUUGUAUCUGCUUUAACAAAAGGACCCAUAAAAAGAAAGGAAAGGAAAAGAAAAAGAAAUUGAUCUGUCUAUCCUCUAUCCUCUUCUGUUGUUGACCGAAAAUUACAGUUCUAGGAAUUCAGUUGAAAUGCUCUGCUAAAAAAUAGGACUGGAUCAAUGUUGUUGUCAUUAUCAUCAUAUUAUAUCGUUACUAUUAUUUUAUAUUUUCAAGGAAAGGUUCUUAGAAGCUUUGCAUACACUAGACACGACACCCACAUUCCAAACGGAGUAGGGCUUUGAACAGGCAAUGUUUGAAAAGAGACGAAUAAUUUGCAUGUGUAAACCAUUCAAGGUUUAUUCUUUUCUCUCUUCCUCAUCCCCCCCCACUUGUUUUAACCUGGACCAAGAAGAAAUAAAUCAGACUCUUAAAGUUCUAAUUUUUUUGUAUUUGUCACCCAGAUAUUUUUCCUUUGCCAAAUCCAUUAAAAUGGAUGGGAUCUACUACACACCAUCAUAUGGUGAUUGUAGGUUUCAGUUAUUUCAAGGUUACUCAGAUAGAAUCUGGGGACAAACCGUGGUUUCUAACAACUUGGAACCAUUGCCAGAAUGGUUAAUAAUGUAAUGGUAUGUUUAUCCCUGAUACAUUGGGACCCAGUUUAGAAAUGUUUGAAAUUGUAUGUAUUGAAAUCCUAGACCUUGGAUGGACUGCAUUACAAGAUUUUUUUCAUUGUUCCCUUUGUAGAUAAGAGGCAAUAGAGCAGGCAAAGAACACCCUGCAUAAAUUGCUUCUUGGCAGAUUUGGGUCUUUUAAAUUGAAAAACAGUAAGUUAAACAUAUUUUGAGGUGAUUGUGGAUCAGGCUUUUGACAUGCUAUAAACGUCUUCCUGAAAGGUUUUUUUUUUUUAAUUUAACUUAUUCAUGUUUGGCUACCAGUAUUUUGCUGUUUUAGCAUUCUCUUCUAUGUUUGUAUAUGUAUGUAGUUUUGCAGUCUAAAAUGAGAAGCCAUUGUAAAUCAUAGCACUAUAAUACACAUAUUUUCUUCAAAACUUCUGCAGAAAUAUAAAAUAAUAUUAAACUUUCUAAUGCUAUUUUUAUUUUUGUGGUUAUGCUAAUUCAGCCUUAAGAAAGGUACUUAAAACUACAUUAAGAAGAAGCAACUGUUGUGAAUAUUACAGUAGUGCAAAAUUUGUUUAUCUUUCUGAGGAUAUAUUUUUUUAAAAAAUAGAAACUUGCUUUUGUUAAAGAAUUUCAACUUUAACAUUGUUGACCUUUCUGUAAUUAUAAAAUUUAAUUAUUUAACUGGUGAAUGAGUAAAAAGUAUUGAAUUUUUAUUAUUUAAAAAAACCACCAUAUCUAUUAAUAUUUACUUAGAUAAAUAUAAGUAUAAUUUUUUGCUUUUAAUUUCUUGACUCAAUACAGAAAUCCAUAAGCACAGGCAGAAGGCUGUAACAUGUUUCCAUAUUUUCAGAGAUGCAUCCAAUAAAGAUGUGAACACAUAGCAUUCAAUAGAUCAUAAUAGUUUCCUAUAUAUGAAAUUUUCUAUCCACUUAUUUUUGAACAUGCAAAUAUAUCAGCUUUGGUAAGCAUUUAAUCUUCUGGACAGGGGUACUUGCCCAAAAAAUUACCUUGCACCGGAACCAGUACAACAAUUGAAUCCGAUUGUUGCUAAACCAAUUUUAAGAAUUGAUAAAUGUUGUCUAAAAUCCCAAUAAUACUGAUCCAGAUGUUCUCAACUUUCCAUGUGGGCAUUAUACACAUGCGUACACAAACAUACAUUCUCCAUAACCAAGUAUUAUUUAAUGUGAGAAAAUUAUUCCUGACUUGGUACAUUUUUAAAUGUACCAUUUUUCAAUUGAAAUGUACAUAUUGUGACCAUGGCAAGAUAUAACUUUAUGUAUGCCAUGUUCAUGUAUGUAUUGAAAAAUGGGCUUUGUGUGGUUCUUUCUGACAUUUGUUGAAGGCAUUCCAUAUUAUGUUAAAUCAUUUUCUCUUGUUUAACACAAUUGAGAUGUUAUAUUAUGUCAAUCUCUUAUAAUUUGAAACCAACAGACAGACAAGGAUAGAAUAGACAUCCUUCCAUUAUCUUACACAAUGAAUGGCAGUAAAAUCUGAUGCUACAGAUGCAAAAAUACAGCCAGGAUUAUCAAUGGUUUGCAUCUAAAUGAUGUAAUUUGAAUUGUACAGUGCUGUGCAGUUGCAACCAAGUCUACAGUUAUCUUUUUUCUUUUCAAUUUAAAUUGGUGAGGAAUGGGAAGUACGAUCAAAAUCUUCAGUGUUUACUUUAAAGGGUUCUAUUUGAAAUAGCAGUUUUGAUCCAAUUAUUUUGAGCUUCAGUCUUAUCCCUGGUUGAUCUGUCAAAGAUAAAAGGGAUUUUAUUCGAAUUCUAAAAUAAAGUACUCAAACUUCGGGUAUCAAAUAGGAACAACUUGUUUUAAUAAACUUUGAUGGCUUGGCAGCUUCUGAGUGAAAAAGUAGUGGCUAUUGAGCAGUAAUGCUUAGCUCUUUAUUUAAUGAAGACUGGCAGAAGUCUAUUUAAGAAAAAAUCCAUUAUUAAAAUUUAAUUCCAAAGAAUUAUAGAAUGUAAAGAUUGGAAGGGAUUUCUAAACCCAACUCCUAUCUAAUACAGGAAACACUACUGUACCAUUAUUACAGCCUGUCUUUAAAUAUCUUCAGCAAAACCUCUCAAAAUAGUCUGUUCUAUUCUUGAAGAGUACAUACCAUUGGGAAAUGUUUCCUGAUGUCCAACUAAAAUCUAGUUCCUUGUACUUUAAGUCCAUUGUUCUGAUUUAUGAAAAGUUGCGCCCUGCCCUGUUUUCUACUCAAAAAGCCUUAAUAUAUAUGAAGGCAGCUAACAAUACUUUCUUUUACAAGUUAAAUAUUCCCAUUGCAUCCAAACUUUCUCAUAAGGUUUUUUUUCUUCACUAAGAUCUUGGUUGCUCUGCUUUGGAUAUGCAUCAGUUUAAUAUCCUAAAAUGUGGUGCCUGAAAUAGGAUGCUUAUAUAGUAUUGACAUUCCGGUUUUCUCCAG